GAGAGAGAGAGAGAGAGAGAGAGAGAGAGAGAGAGAGCUCCGAUAAACAACAACACAGUUCCCCGAGCAGCGUUUGGCGGAUCCAGCUCUGAACUGCGGCCUCAGCGACAGAGAGGCACACGGAGGAGGACUCCCCCCCCCCCACGCUCCCCAGCGGGUUGUCGUGCUGUGUCCAUACAUUCGUCGUUCGAUGCCAUUGCGGAAGUGAGCGGCUCCGCAGACACGACGCAGAGACGCCUGGAGUGGGAGGACAUCUAGCGGCCGAUCGGGAGAUGUACGGAGCUUCAGGUGUCCCCGAGCUCAUCCCGCCCGCCGGGCCGCCCCGGCAGCCCGGCGCGGCGGGCCAGUACAACCCGGGACACCCCCAGGUCAACGGCGGCGGGUCCAACCCGCAGAGACUGGGACAGAGGGCGCCCAAGCUGGGCCAGAUCGGUCGGUCCAAGAAAGUGGACUUGGACGACGAAGACGUGGACGACAUCAUGAACAACAACGGGCAGUGUCCCGUCACCCUCUCUCCCAUCUCCUAAACUUCACCAUGAAGUGCCAAAAAAAAAGAAAAAAAGAGUGAAGAAGCCCCCCCCACCUCAGUGGGAGACGCCAAACCUCCACGUCGGCGAUCUUGGCCUCGAUCGCGUCAAGUGUCCUACUGAAAGUGUCUGAUGGCUCAGCACGGCACAGAAGGCGGCUCGUUACCCACCGGCCGAAGCCUCUGAUUGUAUAUAGUGUUUAUUUAACUUUGGUCAUACUGUGAAGUAAUUGUAUUGCACCCCCCCGACACACACACACACAGACACAAACACAGACUAUCAGGAUUAUGAGUGGGAUGUGUAGGAGAGCGUGUAUAUUUUUCAGAGCUUCUCAGAAAAAGGGCUACAUUUCUAAAGUUGCACUGAGCAGGUGGUGAGAGGACGAGCGGCGUCUCGCCCGAGUGGUCACCGGCCAGGGUUACUGAUUUGUCUG